AUCAGAAGAAGAAAGGUGGCCGUAGUCUCCCAAAAUUCUUUGGAAGCUAAACUGAAUGUGAGGAGAGAAUAGCAAAGCUCCUGUUGCAAAGCGAUGACUUCAUACCAGUACAUUCGGCAUUUUGUCAACGAGCGAUUAGCUGCGGCUGCGGAAGAGAUUGCUGGAGUCUUUAUAAAUACUAUUGUCGAGUAUGAAGAGGAGAUCGGACGUCAGCGCAGGCUUUUAGAUGACUUUCAGAAACCUCGAAUAAAGCUGGACAGAAGAGAGCACCAAGAACAAGAUGUCGACGAGCAACAGGCAGUUUUUUCUGGUUCCUCUUGGUCCAGUGAGGACCGAGAAAACCCAGAACCUCCUCAAAUUAAAGAGGAGCCCUGCACCAGUCAUGAUGGAGAUGAGUGGGAAAUGAAACAGGAGUGGGAUAACAUAAGACUAAUUUCAGUUUGUCAGGAAAGUCACACCAGAGACAACCAUGCUCCGGACUCGAGUGAAUGUCUGAAUCACUUCGAAGAAUGGCACUGUGACAAAAAUGCCGUUUUGCACAACACCGAUGCAGAUAAGAGCCAACAAGUCAAAACAGCUGAGGAUGGUGAUCUGAGAUCAAAGACAUUUGUGGAGGGAGAAAUAAAGCAAAAACUCGACAAAAACAGCAGUCACGACUUGCAACAGCAAGAUGCUCACAAGCAACAGGAGGGUCUCACUCGGUCGUCCUGGUCGGACGUGGAUGAAGAAGUGUUUGAACCUAGACAGGUAAAAGAAGAACCUUGCACCAGUCAGGAGGAAGAGGGACUGGAAAUAAAGCACAAAAUGGAUACCUGUAUGCAUCUUCCCAUUAGUCAGGGAAGUUCACAUAAGGAUGAUGGAAUUGUGUCCGCAAUGCUGACAAAUGCUGAGCCAACUAUAAAGCAUGGCAGACACAGUCAAAAUCCACGCACACGGAUCCACAAAGGGGAAAAACGGUGUAUUUGCAGCAUGUGCGGGAAACGAUUUUACAAUAAAACAACACUGAAACUUCACAUAAUGAGCCACACGGGCGAGAAACCGUAUGCUUGCGACAUCUGCGGGAAUCGAUUUACUGUAAUUGCCAUGUUGAACCGGCACAAGAAGAUCCACACAGGUGAUAAACCGUAUCCCUGUGGCCACUGCGAAAAGAGAUUUAGUGACAAAACGGCACUGAGGGUGCACAUGAGGACUCACACGGGUGAGAAGCCUUACCCUUGUGACGUGUGCGAGAAAAGGCUCAGCAGCGCCACUGCCCUCAAAGUUCACAUGAGGACUCACACGGGAGAGAAACCGUUCUGCUGCAACACCUGCGGGGGCACUUUCCGUGCCAAGACGGCGCUGAAAAGCCACAUGCGGAUUCACACCGGCGAUAAACCGUACACCUGUGACUUCUGUGACAAAAGACUGAGCAGCACGACAGCGCUCAAGGUUCACUUGAGGACUCACACGGGCGAGAAACCGUACCCUUGCGACAUGUGCCAGAAAAGACUGAGUAGCACCACGGCACUCAAAAUUCACAUGAGGACUCACACGGGAGAGAAACCGUUCUCAUGCAACAUUUGCGGGAGUCGAUUUAGAGCAAAGGCGACAUUAAAAAUACAUAUGAGAAUCCAUGGGUGAAGUCAUGCCCCCUGUGACUGACGUGACGACAGUGCAAACAGCCUAUUGCCAAAACGCUCGUCCUUCGGUUUUGUCACCCAGGUCAUUGUCAUCCGCAAAAGGUCUUACCGAGUCUUUUGGAUCAUUAAAGGUCUUCAAUAUACAAGAA